AUGAACAUGGCAUACAUCUACGAAUUCCCCUUCAUCACCCUCUCCCUCCUCCUCUUCACCCUCGGCAUCGCCGAAUUCCACUACCAAGGCUCUGUCGUCCAGAAACUCCGCCAGGCAGGCCCCGAAAUCAUGGGCUGGUCGGCUUGGACUCACCCAGAAUCACUUCCAGACCGCAUCUUGCGAACAAGGCCAUUCCACCUCAACACCAUGGUCGAGAAGCUCAACGUCGCCUGCGCUUCUAUUGCCCUCGUCUGUGCGCUCCUGUGUCUGUAUCGCAGCAUCCAAGCGGCGAAGACGAGGGCGAACAGGAACACCGCCGAUUGCAAGACAUUGGCGCAUCCCGGCCUUGUGGUCCUCGACAGAGCGGUUCAGAUGACUAAACAGGAGCGUAAGGAACGCCACGUUCGCUGGUGGACUUUGUGUUGCGCUACCGUCACCGGCAUCUGCGCUGUGUACGCUCUUACCUGCAUCAUCUACACUUUCACCAAACUCUACGGAAGCUCGACAUGGCAUUACACUGACGAGCUGUCUUCGUCUCAGCAUUUUACCAGGGAGUCCUGGGCGUGUCAGAUGGCGGUGCAGUAUCCGGAUGGUGUGGUGGAUUGGGCGCACAUGUGUCGUGAUGGGCGGACGGGGAGAUGGCUGCUGGUGCCGAUGUUCGUUUCGUUCACGAUGCUUACGGCGCUGUCGUUCGUGUGCUGGAGGAAUCGGGAAGGAAACGAUGAUGAAGCGGAGCUAGAAGGGUGCAAGGAAGGUGGUGUUGCGGUGCAGCAUGCUUGA